AUGUCCAUCAAAACAAUGAGUGGUCGUCGCAGUCCUCAACUAUUGCAGUUGGACACCAUACUGAUAAAAAUAUUAGGAGAGCUCCAGGAGGGAAAGUUGUUCAACAAUAAAAUUAUUUUCCCGGAGGAAACGCUAUAUUUGAAGCUGGUUCUUAAUUACUCUUUCUUUAAAAAUAAUUUGUUAGAUUUUUGUGGUCAUCUGGACAAGAUAAAAGCAAUCAUUAGAUCAAACUUUGACACCAUAUAUAUUUUGUGUACCAUGGAUGAGGAUCUCCUAAACCUGGCAUAUAGCAACGGUAUAUUGGAAAUAUGUUUACCUAGGUUUAUCUUAAGGGAAGAUUUGAAGAUUUUUAACAAUAGUUUUUACACAUAUCACGAUAAUCACCUACGUAUUCUCCAAGAAGACAUUUCUCAACUUUUCGAAAAGGUCAAAAUUAAAGCUUCGGUACUAUGUUUUACAAUUGAAGAGAUUCCUGUGAUAAACCAGGAAGUUUUACCCCAAAGUCUAACAGUGGCUGAACUGCAAAAACGCAAUUACAAAGUACAGGGAAAUGGACCGCAACGACAGAAUUUUAUUGUAACUCUAGAAAUCAAGCUGAGCAAGACACAAAUCACCUUCCUGAUAGGAGCUAAAGGAACAAGAAUCGAAAGCUUGAGGGAAAGAUCAGGCGCCAGCAUAAAAAUAAUACCUAUUAGCGAAAAAAUGACCAUGCAUGAAAGGCACCACCCUGAUACUGUUCAACAAACAAUACUAAUUUCAGGUGACUUAUACUCAAUUGCACUAGCCGUCACCAAUAUAGAGUCUGCAUUAAUUACUUUAGACUUAUAG